AUGCCUGAAGGCAUAAAAGCUUCGUUUGAAGAUCAAGAGGUGUUUGUGGCGGUGGACGAUACAAAAGUAAGGAUUAGCAAAGAUGCCGUAAUCAGGGACAUCCUCUUGGCCGAAAUCCGUUCCUUGCACGUAAAGAACAACGAGGGCUUCUUUCUGAGGCUAAAGCUGUCCGAGGAAACCGUCAUACUUGGGUUUGACACACACCACUCCAGGGAUAUCAUCAAGUCAAUAAUCUUGUCGUUCAUGAAAACAGACCAGGACAUAACAAAGAAGAUACUGGAGUCCGAUCCAGCUAUGAGGGCGAUGUUCAACAAUCUGAAGCAGCAUAUCUCACCCUCCAAGUUUUGGUCAAUUAACAGAGACAAAAUGAAGCAGAUGGUGCCCAUAGUCCGGCAGCAGCCGUCGAGGGAGUUGGAGAUUGAUGAAAAAACCUUUGUCUCUGCGCUGGAUCCGAUGCUUCUGAAUAUAUUUGGACAAAUGAACUGCUCUAUAAAUCAGUUCUACAACCUUCUAAAACAGUCGUACUUCUGUAACAUCAAGAACGAAAAAAACAGCCUGGACAGGAUGAUCUGUUCUGCCAUAAGAGGAUAUGAUGUCAAGCAGGACUUUGCCUCUAGAAUCAACAGCCAUUCUGUCCUGGCCCUGAAGCCCAUGGGAGAUGUGGAGAUCCAUCCGAGUACAAAGGAGGGGAGGCGGGUGGAGUUUUUCCCCAUAUACCCGUUUGAGGAGGAAAAGCUUGAAAGGCCAAGGAGAGAGUUCAGGUUCGAGAGGAAGCCCCUGAAGUGCGAGGUGGAAGUUGAGGUUGUGCCCAUGGUGGAGAAGAAGGCAUUUGAGAAGAAAGAUCUCGCUUGGAUUAGAGACCUAUCAAGGGUUGUAUACAGGGCAAUGAAGGAGAAGGACGGAGAGUUCUUAAAAGAGGCCGCAGAGAUUACCAAGAGGUUUCUGGACGGCAUGGAAAGAAAGUAUGGGGACGGAUGUGAUGCCUAUAUUAGGAGGAUUCUCCCGACCUAUUUCAUAGAAAGGAAGGAUGGGUGA